AUGGACCUCACCACGACUGCCAAAAUCGGAAUCAAGCCGUUGCCUGUGACCGCGGCUCUUGUGAAAAGUGACCGUUUAUUAGUGCAAGCCCUUGCCAAGAACGGCUAUAGCUAUGUGCUACUGGCUAUCACUAAUGCCAGGUACAGAGAGAAUUGUAAAACGUAUUUCCAGUCAUUCAAGGACAGCAUUUCAGCACUCGACAAUGGUUAUGCCGAGGCCGUUCCAGGAGAACUCGCUGUUCCUUUCCCCAGAUCAAAUGAGGUCAAUAUUUCUACUGGCCCACAUACUCUAAAUACCAUCGGACUUCUUUCUCCUUGGAUAGAACUUGGCGCUACAGACCCAUUGAUCAACGAAUUCUCAUUCCAGGUCAUCUCCAAUGAGAUUGCUUACGCUCAGUUCCUCGGAGUCAAGAAACUUUUGCUUGCCCCGCCCAAAAAUUUGAAUCACCUCGCCUUGUUCACAAACAGUUUAAAUUCAAUUUUCCAUACAUUCUCGGACAUUGAGAUAUCGAUCUCCCUUCCAAUCUGCGAAGACCCUCAGGUGAAUCCGACUACUGGAGAACUGAUUCCCAUCAUAGACCCCUUGUCCACUUGGGACAUGUGGAACACCAUCAGAAUUCAGUGCAACUACCAUCGCAACCUUACAGUGUCUCUGGGUUCACCCAAACAGAAUAUCCCAGAGCAUGUGGUCAACAGAUGGAUGUUGGAGCCGAUCCGGUUUUAUUUGAUCUCGAACUCCCGGUUUAUUCCUAACUCCAAGAACUAUCCUGUGCUAAACAAGUUCAAUCAACUCAUCAUUUGGAAGAUUCUACAGAAAAAAGUUCUUGAUUGCCCAAUUCUGCUUCUUCAUGGUGUCGACAAGGAAAGCGAUCUGAUCACGAACUUGAGAAGAUCGUCCCUGGAUGAUAGUCUUAGCCACGCAUACAUCACCGUGGAUAACUCUAAAAUUUAUUUAGGAGAUCCUGCAUUUUUAGAGUAUCUCAGAUAUCUGAUCAAGUCGAGCUCUGCAAACAUUCAACUGCUGCCAAUCGAAGACUUCACAAUUUCCAACCUUGCGGCUGCAAAAUUAGACCCCUCGGAGCUGCGCUCUAUAAAGUCUCUCCAAUCGCCGUUGCAACCAUUGUCUUCGAAUUUAGACAACGCUACAUACAAAGUCUUCGAACAAGACACGGCAAAGUAUGAGUGUUACGAACGGGCCAUGAUUUCCGCCCUGAUGGACCUGAUCAACAUCCCUCGGUUCCAACAUGUUAAAAGUUUACCAAACUUUGGUGCCACCGCGUUCAACACCUCAGCUCUCACUCUUGUCGAGAAAGAAUCUCGCUCUACCGUGGACCCCGACACUGAAUGCUUGAAGAUCCUAAUAGUCGGGCCCGGAAGAGGUCCUUUGAUCGAAAGAUUGUUUGCAGCCAUCAAAUUCCUUAAUCUUGAUUUGCACAAGGUGCAAAUCACCGCAGUGGAAAAGAACCCUACAGUGAUGGUGUAUCUCUCUCAGCGUAACCAAGACUUCUGGAACAACAAGGUCGACAUCAUUAAUGCAGAUAUCAGAACCUGGCAACCAAAAACUGCAUCUCAGUCCGGGUUCAAUCUGGUGGUCAGCGAGCUGCUAGGAAGUUUUGGUUGCAACGAGCUGUCUCCAGAAUGCCUUUAUGCUGUUGAGUCUUACUGUGACAUUUCCAAUUGCAUCUUUAUUCCAAAAGAAUACUCCUCCUUUGCUGCCCCUGCGAUCUCGCCAUCCAUUUAUACAAAGCUUCUGGAGGGAACAGACUCCGAUCGAUUCCAUAAGUGCUAUGUUCCUCUAUGCGAUCAGUAUGACAUACUUUCAUCCAAGUAUUCCAAGCUAUGGACUUUCCAGCAUCCUUUACCUAACAAAAACACCAAAAGGCAAGCGCAUACAACUCUCAAAUGUCACCGGAAGGGAACUAUUCACGGACUUUUGGGUUUCUUCCAUGCCGAGCUAUACAACGGCAUUGUGAUCUCUAAUUGCCCCACCGGCUCGGGGCCAACUCCUCAUAAUUUAGUUUCCUGGCUACCAUACUUCAUGCCCAUUGAACAACCAUUGCAAUUGACGGAUGAUCAAGAACUCAGUGUCUUUGUUAAAAGAGACACCACAAAAGACCGUGUCUGGUACGAAUGGUCGCUUGAGUCGUUUAUUUAUUUGGUGCUCCCUUCAGAGUCGACAACUUCCAGAAGUCUCAACAACUCUUGCACGAAUAUCGAUCAACCAACAAAAGUAAGUCUUUUCAAUGGGCUUGGACAAAACGGAGAAAGCCGCUCAUCUUUGGAAAGAGAAGAGUUCCAAGUUCGUGUGCGGACAGGAACAACCAGGAUUCAUAAUCCAAACGGCAUGUUUCAUUUUAUGAAACUCUAA